AUGUCGGUCUUGGAUUCAGGAGAGGAAGCUGACGAAGACGGAGGGCAAGGCGACACCCAUGAAUCAGCGACGAAAGCGAGUGGCUCCCGUCAAAGAAGCGCGCGGACAAAGAAGACGCUGUCUCAAGCUCGCGGCAGUGUUCAUCAUGAUGAAUCGAGUGACGGCGAAUGCUUUGAUUUGGACGGAGUGAGUACCUCAACUGACGAAGAGAUGGUUGCGCCUGCGACGCAACACCUUGGUCCUGCACUUGAUUUUGCUACUACAUACGCAACAACAAGAAACGAUGUACAUCCACCAAGGGUGUUACAGAAGCCAAGUUUGAUAAAUGCGGUGCCGAACGAUGGUCUCAAUGCCACUGGAACUCAAUAUGCAGGGAGGCCACGCCGCAACCGUGAUACCUCGCAGCUGACGGGGAAUCGUGCAUUUGACGCGGUAGUUCCACUCGUUAAUCCGUAUCCUCACACUCAACCGGUAACAAAAAACUUGCCCUCGUUCCCAGGCGACGCACUCCGAGAAACCGGCUAUCGUGCGGGGAGGCACCCCGGGAUAUCAACAUCGCAGGAUCUACCCAAGAAGCAUCUUCGUGUACCCGCCAGUGUGCGAAAGCAUCCGGGUGGGGUUCAUCUUGACACCGCAUUGGAUGCACGGAGCUGUGCAAAACCAAGCGCCAUGGAUACCGAAAGGACGCGCGCCAACGCGUCGUCUUCUGCAACAUUUAAUGUUGCCACUUUCGGAGAAUCUCCGAAAAGUCUGCGCAGACGGCUCACCGGGACGGCAACCUUUCCUACCCUCUCUCCGCUUCGCCACCACCUUGGGCGUAAGGGUCCAGGGGUAGUGAAAUGGGUGCCUUCGGUACUGCUCCAGACUAGUUCCGAGGAUGAAGGCGGCAGCGACCCGGAUCUGCGACCGACAUUGAACCUUCAGCGAAAUGAGGCUGCUUCUAUCUCACCUGUAUCAGAACGUGAGACCUCGGCUGAAUCGGAGGUCGAUUUGGAACCUCGCCGACUGACCCGGGCAUUAUCAACAUUGUCUGUAUCUUCUGCAGAUUCUAUUGUGGACAGGGGGGAUUUGGCCCAGUCAAUUCUGGCAGAUCCCGCAGCUUCUACUCGGCACUAUCUUCUGGAUAGAGAAGUUAUUGUUCUAUCUGAUUGA